AUGGAAGGUGGCUUGCUGAAAAUGCAAUUUCGUGCUCAUAAAACGCGGUGCCCUGACGCGUCUUUGACUGGUCGCGGAAAAGGUGGAAAAGGUCUCGGAAAGGGAGGAGCCAAGCGUCAUCGCAAGAUUCUUCGUGAUAACAUCCAGGGUAUCACUAAGCCCGCAAUCCGUCGUCUCGCACGUCGUGGUGGUGUGAAGCGUAUCUCCGGUCUCAUCUACGAGGAGACCCGUGGUGUCCUCAAGGUCUUCCUCGAGAAUGUCAUUCGUGAUGCCGUCACCUACACUGAGCAUGCCAAGAGAAAGACUGUCACCUCUCUCGAUGUUGUCUAUGCUUUGAAGAGACAGGGCCGUACCCUUUACGGUUUCGGUGGAUAAAUUAUUUCUUUCGUUAAGAAAGAAAAAAUACUCAAUAAAUAAGCGACAAGCCUUGAUAUCAAAAAAACCAAACAAAAAAAACUCGUCCAACUACUCUCCCCACCAACCCCCUCUUUUUCUUUUUUCUUCUUCUAUGUUUGUUUGUUUGUUUAUUUGCUUAAUUGACCCUGGAUUGGAAUUAUUUUUU